UAAUUUCAGAGAAAACGAAACUCAGCAGAGAGUUCAGAAUAUCUCUCUCUCUCUCUCUCUCUCUCUCUCUCUCUUUCUCUCUCUCAAUGCAGGAAAAUGGCAGAGGCUGGUAUUUCAGUAGAUCAAUUAUCAGUGGAUCAGUUCAGCUGUCCAGUGUGUCUGGAUCUCCUGAACGAUCCUGUAACUACUCCGUGUGGACACAGUUACUGUAAGGUGUGUAUUAAUGGCUGCUGGGAUCAGGAGGAUGUGAAGGGCGUCUACAGCUGCCCCCAGUGCAGAGAGACUUUCGCUCCAAGACCUGUUCUACGCAGAAACAACAUGUUGGCUGAAGUGGUGGAGAAACUGAAGAAGACAGAACUCCAAGCUGCUUCUCUUGCUCACUGUCACGCUGGACCUGGAGAUGUGGAGUGUGAUUCCUGCACUGGGAGAAAACACAAAGCUGUCAAGUCCUGUUUGGUGUGUCAGGCCUCCUUUUGUGAAGAUCAUCUUAAACCUCACUAUCAGUCUCCUGCCUUUAAGAAGCACAAGUUAGUUGAAGCCUUUGCGAAGCUCCAAGAGAAGAUCUGCUCUGAACACAACAAACUGAUCGAGAUCUUCUGUCAUACUGACCAAAGCUUCAUGUGUUAUUUGUGUACAAUGGAUCAGCACAGAGGCCAUGAUACUGUUGCAGUUAAAACAGAAAGAACUAAAAAACAGAAUGAGCUAAAGGAGGAGCAGAUGAAAUCCCAGCAGAGGAUCCAGGAGAAGCAGAAGGAGGUGCAGGAGCUGAAACAGACUGUGGACACUAUUAAGAUGCGUUAUCAGGCAGCAGUAGGUGACAGUGAGAGGAUCUUUACUGAGAUGAUCAGCUCCAUGGUGAAAAAGCGCUCAGAGGUGACGGAGCUGAUCAGAGCUCAGGAGAAAGCUGAACUGAGUCGAGCUGAACGACUCCUGAAGCAACUGGAGCAGGAGAUUGCUGAUCUUCAGAGGAGAGUCACUGAGCUGGAGCAGCUUUCACACACACACGAUCACAUCCACUUCCUCCAGAGUUUCCCGUCUCUCUGUGUUUCUCCUGGAUGUGACGACUCACCCAGCUUUACUGUCAAUCAACAUCUCUCAUUUGAUGGAGUGAGGAAAUCUCUCUCAGAUCUGAAAAAACGAGUCGAGGAAAUCUGUGAGGAGGAAUUCAAUGUAAUCCAUCCACAAGCUGCAGCAGUUCAGAUGAUUUUACCCUCAAAACCAAAGAGCAGAGAAGAUUUUCUGCAGUAUUUCUGUUAUCUGACUCUGGAUCCAAACACAGUAAAUCAUCACCUCAUUCUGUCUGAGAAGAACAGAGCGGUGACACGCAGUAAGACAAAACAGAGAUACUCUGAUCAUCCAGAGAGAUUUGACUACUGGCCUCAGGUGUUGUGCAAGGAGAGUGUGUGUGGACGCUGUUACUGGGAGGUGGAGUGGAGGGGUGAUGUGUUCAUAUCAGUCUCAUAUAAAGAGAUCAGCAGGAAAGGGCGAGGUAAGGAGUGUGUGUUUGGACUCAACAGUCAGUCCUGGGGUCUGCGUUGUUGUUCUUCUGUCUCUUUCUGGCACAAUGGCAUUGAGACUGAUUUCCGAGGUCCAUCAUCCUCCAGAAUAGGAGUGUAUGUGGAUCACAGUGCAGGAACUCUGUCCUUCUACAGCAUCUCUGACACAAUGAGGCUCCUCCACAGAGUCCACACCACAUUCACUCGGCCUCUAUACGCUGGGGUCGGGACUGACUCUGACUCAUCUGUGAGGUUUUGUGAUCUGAAAUGAAAUGUCGGCAGAAAUGUUUAGUAAAAUUACAACUGAUAUGAGGUGGCACGGUGGUGUAGUGGUUAGCGCUGUCGCCUCACAGCAAGAAGGUCCGGGUUCGAGCCCCGUGGCCGGCGAGGGCCUUUCUGUGCGGAGUUUGCAUGUUCUCCCCGUGUCCGCGUGGGUUUCCUCCAGGUGCUCCGGUUUCCCCCACAGUCCAAAGACAUGCAGGUUAGGUUAACUGGUGACUCUAAAUUGACCGUAGGUGUGAAUGUGAGUGUGAAUGGUUGUCUGUGUCUAUGUGUCAGCCCUGUGAUGACCUGGCGACUUGUCCAGGGUGAACCCCGCCUUUCGCCCGUAGUCAGCUGGGAUAGGCUCCAGCUCGCCUGCGACCCUGUAGAACAGGAUAAAGCGGCUACAGAUAAUGAGAUGAGAUGAGACAACUGAUGUGUCAGAUUGAAUUUCUCCCUGAACUACAAUGGUAAUUUUGUGUGCAGAAACUGUAACACUCAUGAAUGCAGAAUGUAGAUUGUUUCUAGAAAUAAAGAAAUGUUCUCAGUCAGACUACUUAACUCUCUGUACUAUUAGGAGAUUUAUUUUACUGAUAUGGAAAAUGUAAAAAGUCUAAAAAAAAAAUCUGUUUUUGGCUUUGGUAAAGACUGUUUCUUCAGAAAUAAUAAAACUUCCUCAAAC